AUUCCUUCAGCUCAAAAUGCCACCCUCAUCCCUCUUGACUUUCACUUCCAAAUGUCCUCAGAUCCCCAGACAUCAUGACUUCUGAUGCUGCACACCUCUGAUUGGCCAUCUCCAGCAGAGAUCAGAAGAGCCAUGGAGAACCACACCACUGUCACAGAGUUUGUCCUGCUAGGGCUCUCAGAUGCCUGUGAGCUGCAGAUGCUCAUCUUCCUGGGGCUCCUCCUGACCUACAGCCUCACUCUACUGGGGAAUCUCCUCAUCGUGGUCAUCACCCUCAUGGACAGACACCUCCACACCCCCAUGUACUACUUCCUCCGCAAUUUUGCUGUCCUGGAGAUCUGGUUCACCUCUGUCAUCUUCCCCAAGAUGCUGACCAACAUCCUGACUGGGUACAAGACCAUCUCCCUCCCAGGCUGUUUCUUACAAAGUUUCCUCUAUUUCUUCCUGGGCACCACAGAGUUUUUCUUACUGGCAGUGAUGUCCUUUGACAGAUAUGUGGCCAUAUGUAAUCCCUUGCGUUAUGCCACCAUCAUGAGCAAAAGGGUCUGUGUCCAGCUGGUUCUUUCUUCGUGGUUGGCAGGAUUCCUUCUCAUCAUUGUUCCAAGUUUCAUCGUAUUACAGCAGCCAUUCUGUGGUCCCAAUAUCAUUAAUCAUUUCUUCUGUGACAACUUUCCACUCCUGGAACUCAUAUGUGCAGACACAAGUCUGAUAGAGCUUCUUGGGUUUAUUGUGGCCAAUGUCAGCUUACUAGGCACUCUGUCCGUGACAGCCACCUGCUAUGGACACAUCCUCCACACCAUCCUGUGCAUCCCCUCAGCCAAGGAGAAACAGAAAGCCUUCUCAACCUGCUCCUCUCACAUCACUGUUGUGUCUCUCUUCUACGGAAGCUGCAUCUUCAUGUAUAUCCGGUCAGACAAGGGUGACCAGGGGGAAGAUAGAAACAAGGUGGUGGCUUUGCUCAACACCAGGGUGACCCCGAUGCUCAACCCCUUCAUCUACACCCUGAGGAACAAACAGGUGAAGCAGGUGUUUAGGGAGCAGAUGAACAAGCUCUUCUUAUAAAGCUGUGGAACCAAGAGGCUGAAGCUAGGAUUCCCAGAAAAGCUAAGGCAAUAUCUGGCCCAGGCAAGGAACUGAGCCUUUCUCAUUCAGGAAAAGUUCUGAUGACAUGUUUCUUGGUGCCAGUCACUGUGCAACUCAGCAUAAACUUGGAAGCUAUAUAGACCCUCAAGGCAUUUUUCUUAAUUAUCAGAUUUGACUAUUUCUGUUCAUUCUAUCUGUGUCUGCUUGGCUUCCCAAUAGAAUAGAGCAAACUCUUUGAGGGCAGGGUCUAGCUCUGUAAUUCACCGUUACCUUCAAGCAUCAAACCAUUGUCAUAGACCAUAUAAAUACUCAGCAAGUACUUGCAGACUGAUUCAUUGCUUUGUGUCUGUUUCUCCAGAGGAGAGCAGAACAGUCCUUAGUCGGGAUCAUCCUCAUUUCACUCUAAGGUUCAUUGAUUACUAUUUUGCAUAUAUGCUCUUUUAGUAUUAAAAUUCAUAGAAAUUCCUCAUUCCUAUUGGUGAACGCUCUUCCAACUACCAGUUUUCUCAUUUGUAAAAUGUAGAUGAUGAUGUCCAUUCCAAAAGAUUACGAUGAAAAUCAAUUGAGAUAGUCUAUGCAGGGUACGCCCCACGGUUGGGUUCAGCAUGCUCCUCUUCGACAGCUAGGGUUCGUGGGUCUGCAUCCCGGGCGCAGACCUAUACCACUCAUCAGCCAUGCUG